AGAGCGCCUAGGCAUUUUAAACGUUAACUGGUAGACUACUAAACAGCUCAACGGUUUUCAACUGAAGAUUUUCACCGUUGAAACGACAUAACAUUAUUAUAAGUAGGCCUACCACUUUAAUGUAUUUAUUUUAAGUCUUAACUUACAUUUUAAAGGAAUUUUCCCGCUUGACGUUUUGCCGCCAGUCAAGUCUAUCUGCUGCGGUUUCAUUAAGCCAAUUGAUAAAUCGCUGCUUUUGAGAGGAUUCAUUACUUCAGCAUGUUUCCAGAGUCAAGCACCGGGUGAGUAGUAAGACUAAUAGGAAACUAAUAGGAAAUUGCAUCAUUCUAUCAUUUAAUCGUUCUAUCAUUGUAUUUAACUAACAGUACUCACCCGCAACUUUUAUUCAAACGUGACGCUACUGUAGGCCUAUCCCACAUGGUCAAGUGUGCACGUGGAGGAAAUAGUAUGUGUUUUUUUAGAUGAAACACCAGAAAUUGAAUUCUGUGGAUCCGACGACUCACGUGCGACGGGGGCAGCAGAUGGAGUUUGAUAUUUUCAUUGAGAUUAAACGAUAGUUGAAAUCAUAUAUCGAUUUUUUUAAAAGAUCCUCCCAUUCAAAAAACUCUAUAGAAGCAGAAUAGCAGGUGAGGUCGGAGCGCACUUGGCUGCCGAACAGGAUUUGUAUUAUACAAGACAGAUGUGGGGUGUGGAAAUUCUAAUGGGAAAGGGUGCACCCCUAUUAGCCAACAUCAUUUCUGAAAAUAAAUAAAUCAAACGUAAACCUACUGUAGGCUAUAAUAAAUUGUUCAGAAUAGCCUAAUAGUCAAUUCACUCAAUUUACUCUUAUAUAUUGUAGCAUAAUAUUUGAUUAAAUAAUGUGUAUCUUACACUUUAAUUCACAGUUAUUCUGUUAGCAGGUGUUUGACAAUUUAGUAAUGCAACUUAACUUGAGAUAGGCUACAGCCUCAUUUAUGAGGUGGGCUCAGGUUUAUGGUUAUGGUUAGGCUAUAUAGUGUACAAUAAAACCAUAUAGACUUUUUUUCAUAAUAUGAUGGUUCUUAGAAAAGGGUGUGUGUUUAAGGUCAAAGUUGAUACUCAGAUAAGAUAACAUAACUAACUAAUAUAGGCUUGAACAAUAGGGUGUUAUAGUAGGCUAAACCUGUGGGCUGUGUGUUGUGUUGACCUUUGUGAAAGGCAAAGGAGAAUAAUUACUUCAUUGUGACUCCGAUGGAAUGUGUCGUAGUAAAUAUGACCCAUUUUAAUGUUAGGAGCUUGUUUUCAAUCAAUGCUGUUCCUAUGCAAGAACAAUGGACAGAGCCAAUAUCUUCUCAAGGACAACACCCACGCCACAGGCCAUAAUCUGGUUGCUCCCCACGAGUCUUUCCUUUGAGAACAUACACACAUUCACACACACAUCUCCAUGCAUACGCACACUCAUCCUCAUGCCUCACGAGUUACGCACACACACAAACUGCACUUCUUUCUACUGGUCGGGUGCCAAGGGCAGAGGACUCUGCCGUGCACCAAAGGGGCUUCUACUCUGGACAGAGCAGACCCGCCUCCUACGCCUCGGGAACCAAUCAAGGGACUAGAAGAAGGACCCCUUCCUUUGUGUUACAUUGUAUAAAGUAAUGCUGUAAACUCUGUUUUUUAUCCCUUUUCAACUGUCUCCAUAAGAGGCAACUGAAUGGGUCCAUGCAUGUAGCUUGAGCAGUACCAGCUAUCUCUGUUGUUUAAUAAACUGCCUUUUGCUUAAGCAUAUUCCUCUCUGUCUAGCGUCGUUGGUUUGUACUUCCUCUCCUUAUGGUUCCACCAACAAAUGUGUGUGUGUGCAUGUGUUUGUGUCCUUAGGAGAUUCCACACUAUGGAGGCUCACACUCAUUAACACACAGACUUAGAUUACUGCUCAGAAAACAUCUGUUUAAUAAGGACACACACUUCAACUUCCCAUAGACGCUCUGAAACAACCCGUGGCAUAUCAGCUAUGUGUUCGUGAUCGUAUUGACCAUGGCAUCUAUUGGUUUUAAGUAUUAGUAUAAGUGUAAGUAAAUUCUAUUCUAACAUAUAUCUCUGUCGUUUUCAGGUACAGCUAUGAGGACUGCAAGGCCACAGCAGACUGGCUGUUGGCCCAGACCUCCGUUCGCCCCGUGGUGGGCAUCGUGUGUGGUUCAGGAAUGGGAGGACUGGCUGACAUGCUGAAAGACCAAGUGGCCUUCAACUACAUGGACAUCCCCAACUUCCCCCAGAGCACAGGUAUGUACUAGUAAUGUAUAUCUAUCUGUCUUGUUUUCUUAUUUGGUGAAUCUACAUUGCAGAUGUAUAGGGCAAGGUAUAUGGGGUCUGCAUUGGCCGUGUGACUUAACCAGGUAGAAUUCUGGGCUCAGGUUAUAGCCUAUGAAAAACACCUGCACUCUUAGAAAAAAGGGUUCCAAAAGGGUUAUUUGGCUGUCCCCAUAGGAGAACCCUUUUUGGUUCCAAGUAGAACCAUUUUUGGCUCCAUGUAGAACCCUCUGUGGAAAGGGUUCUACAUGGAACCCAAAAGGGUUCACCUAUGGGGAUAGCCAAAUAACUAUCGUAUGUUCUAGAUAGCACCUUUUCUUCUGAGAGUGUGGUUCUAUAAGAUGUUUUCUGAUUAGUUGCCGUGAGUUGUCUGUGCAUUCUAAUUGGUUGUUGUGUGUUACAGUGCACGGCCAUGCUGGACGCUUGGUGUUCGGGACGCUGAAGGGAAGGCCAUGCGUGUGCAUGCAGGGACGCUUCCACCUGUACGAGGGAUACGCCAUCCAGAAGGUACGUCUAUCAUGUCUGUCUACCAACAUACCAUGUAGCUACUGUAGGAUUCAGACAUGCGGUGCUCUUCUGCAUUACUGUACAUGAUCGGUAGAGGAGAUAGAUUCAUUAUAAUGCCUUAAUUAAGGGGCAAUAUGCUUUGCAACAAGACGAGUCAGUCAAAUACACACAGAUAAAAUAUUAAAUAUACAGUACAUAGAAGAGAAUAAAAACAGAGUAUUAAAUCAACUAGCCUAUAUUAGAAUAUCCACAUUUUAGCUGUAUAUUGUAAUGUAUAAUACCAGUGUAUUUGUGAUGUGUGUUCCAGAUCACCCUGCCCAUGCGUAUCUUCAGCUUGCUGGGUGUAGAGACGGUCAUCCUGACCAACGCUGCUGGCGGUCUCAACCAGGACUUCAAAGUGGGAGACAUCAUGAUCAUGAAAGACCACAUCAACAUGCCCGGCUUUGCUGGCAACAACCCACUUGCUGGAUCAAACGACGACAGGUGGGCUUGGAAAGUGUGUUUGUGUGUGCGUGUGUGUGCUUGCGUGACAGAUACUUGUUUUGAAUUUCUUUGCAUUCACAAUAGUUAUGUGGCAUUGAGGUGUAAUCAUCUCUAAUUUCCUUCCUCCCUCGCUUUCCUAGGUUCGGUGUGCGGUUCCCCUGUAUGUCUGACGCGUACGACAGAGAGCUGCAGCAGCUGGCUGUGGAUGUGGGACAGGAACUGGGCUACGGUGACUUCCUGCGUGAGGGCGUGUACUGCGUUCUGGGCGGGCCCUCGUUCGAGACCAUCGCGGAGUGUCGCAUGCUGCACAAACUGGGAGCUGAUGCUGUCGGUAAGUCUCAUCUCUCCCCUGCCUUCCUUCUUGGAAUAGUUUUAAUCACAAGACCUUCACAAUGCUCCUUUUAUUGCAUUUGACACAUUGAACUCAAAAGCUUCUCUUAUAUUGAGGAAACAUAACUGAUGCGGUUAUCAAACGUAUUAUCCCUAUGUCUGCACUGCUCUAACAUUCUCUCUCUCCCAGGCAUGAGCACGGCUCACGAGGUGAUCGCGGCGCGUCACUGCGGAAUGCGUGUGUUCGCCCUGUCCUUGAUUACCAACAAGGCUGUGAUGGACUACGACAGUGAGGAGAAGGCCAACCAUGAGGAAGUCCUGGAGACAGGCCAGCACCGCGCCAUCCAGCUGGAGAAACUGGUCUCUACCAUGGUCACCCGCAUGGAAUACAACACCACCAACGCCUAAAUGAACGAAUGGAAUCAACCACCAAACUCAUCUAAAUAGAAUUCCUACAAUGGGAAUCCCAUUCAAGUCAAUGGGUGGACUGGCGGCCAUUUUGAGUGUACCAAUGAAGGGUAAGUCAAAUUGCCAUGGUCUGAGGUGCAAAACCCAUUCUAGGAAUUCUAUUUCUAUGGUAAAACUGGCUCUGGAUCAGUAGAAACCGACAGCCUUGAAGUUAUGAAACCCAAUGACCUGCUUGUGACACAACGAUGCCUGAUCUGAGAGCUGUGUGGAACAGUCACUUACUGGCUGACCUCUCACCCCUCACAGUCCCUCAUUUUAAAACAUUCUUCCCAUUUUCAAGACGAAAGUGUACAUUCCUGCAAUGAGCGGCUCUGCAGGCCGUCUCAAUUUUUGUUUUUAUUAUUGUAUUGUUAUUAUUAUUAUUGUCUAUUAUAAGUUGAUACUGUUAACUUAAUAUUGAUCUGCAGGUGUAAAUGUCUUGAUUUAACUUAACAAUGAGAAACCAAUGAAUCUGCUGUACGUCUUAACAUAUGUAUCCUGUUUAUAAUGUACAUUAGCUGUUGACGUAAAGUAUUAUUUCCACUCUUGUUCUUUUUUAAUAUGAAUGUGCUUACUAAAGUUUAUAUUUAUUGAUGUGAUCAAGUCUUUGGUUUUAUUGAGGGCGAUUGGAGGAUUUAUUGUUCAAUGAUACCAAAGAUUGUCGAUUAUAGUGACAAGAUAGUCGAGUGGCCGCUAUAACAAUGGAAAUACAUGUCCUCA